UCUUGUGAGCCUUCCUUCCUUCACUGCAUUUUUAUAGCUUAUGGGAAAGUUUGGAAAAAUAAAAACUUUCCUUUCAGACUAAUAAGCCUGGCUAUCCCACUGACAUAGCUCUCGCUUUUUCUCUAUCUCAUUGCUUUUUCUUCUGUCAGUAGGCACUCUGGUGCAAUUUGAAAAAUACCCUUGAGAGAACCCAGUCCUUGAGUCUGAUGGCAAGGCAGCAGAGAGACUGAUGGUUCUACAACAAAACUGAAUGUGCUGCCUGCCAGAUAUUUUCCUUUGCUGUUUUUCUUUGCCUCACAUCCCAGUGAAUUCAGAAACCUGUUUGCCUGCUUACUUCAUCAGGAAGCCCAUAUCACCGCCUCUGAGUGCUGCAGCACAGAGGUAAAAAUGCUGCAACAACAGAAAUGUUGUUUGCUUGAUUGAGACAUAAUUUUUUUGACUCCAAUCUGUAACACUGCUUGGUAUAUUCAAUUACCUCUGUCUCCCAUGAAAAGCAUAUUUGGGAGCACCUCCAAAACUCAAGCAAAGUCUAUCAGUGAUUCAAGCAUAUUUUUACAGUAAAAAAUGUUGAAUAAUACUUUAUACCAUAGUAUCUGUGUACAGGGACAUAGCUUUUUCAUGAUUUGUAAGAACUAUUAAUUGAACAUUUUUUGAGAUGCUGCUAUUGCUUGCUCAAGUAUUUUGGUCCCUUGAGUUCUAGAUUCUCUAGUACCUCAAUUAUGGAACCCUGAGAACUUCCUGACUUCCAGCUCCAGCUUCUUAGCUUCCAGUUCCAGCUGUGCCCACCUUCUCAUUGGGGUGGGCUGCAGCUGCAUGGCAGCCCCUCUCUCUUCUUCUCUUGAAAGCAUGGGAAGUGGCAAUACAGGCUGGGCUGAAGCUGUGGUGUGUUCCCAUCCACUUCCCUUAACACAGGAAGCAAUCACCAGCAUUCAUGCUCCAGGUAGUCCAGACAAAGGUGAAGCCCAUGUGGCUGUUGUAUGAGCAUUUACUCCUUGGACAAGAUGUGCAGAGGGAUGAGUAUGGAUGUUGGAAUGUAGCCAACAGAGAAAGGGCACAGGCUUUGCUUUACAAAGUCAAGGAGAUAUCUAUAUGGUCACACGUGGCUUGCUCUUUGUUGCACUCCACUGGCCUUGCUUUCCCAUCCCGAAUGUCAUGCUCUAUUGUUGUAAGAUUCCCAUUUGCAGGGAGCUAGUAGACAUCUGCAAGAUGAAACCCCAGCACAGCUGACAAGGCAGUUCAUGGUAUGAAUUAUCACUGUAAAAAUCUGGCGUGGAGAAAAUAUUUGAACAGUACCUCACAAAAUCUCCAACUUUCACAUGUUCUUCUGCCCUGCUCCAAACCUUUAAUGCCCAGCUGUAAUUUACCCCACAAAACACCACCCAGGCCAGCUGCAACACAGCCCACUUGCUAUUUUGAGCACUUUAAAUUGAAACUCUAUGACAAAUAGCAACUAUCUUGAGGUCAGCCACGUGUGUUUCACUGGGCAGGCGGCUGUGGCAGGCGCUACAGCCUGAGCCCAACUCCCUGCUGGACUGGAGGCACAGAUCCUUCCCUGAUGCAAGCCACUGGGCCAACCCAGGUGCAGGUUGUGCUUUCCUACUGUGUAAAAAGGGUGAUGUGUGGGUGGCCUGAGAGUGAGAGCAACUGCUGGGUGACAGGUGAAGCGUCCCUUGAGGCUGAGCUCUGCUCCUCAGAGGUGACGGGGCAGUGUGAAGUGUUGAGGCAGCAGGCAAAAUGCAGGAAAUAAGAGCAAUAUCCUUGCAAGAACAUUGUGCAACUGGCUGCUCUUCUGCUGAAAGAUGUAUUUAAUUCACUCAGAGAAAAGAUAUCUGUAAGAGGAAAUGGUGUUCCCAGAGAGACGCUGUUCUGUCCCUGGAAUUAUGCAAAGUGAAAAAAAUACAUGGCAGCAAGGUCACUCCCUGUGAUUUACCAUUUUCUUUGCCUAGAGACUAGAAAAGGUAAUUCUAUUUCACUCAAAGACAAAUGAUUUGAAGUCUGCUUCAUAGUUCAAAACCAGGCAAAGUGGCAGAGAUACUGGAAAAAUCUCUCUCAGAAAUCAAGCACAGCAUACUCUGCAGCUGAAAGUUUAUCACUGCAGUUAAUGAGGUGUGACUGUUUGCUUUGCUUUAAAGCCACACCAUGCUUUAGACAUUUGAAAAAUCCAUUUUAGCUCUACGAAUAGAUGAAAAUUAAGGUAUUUUCUCCACACCCUUUUCCUAUUUUAAGCAACAAGCUUGUCUCUCUCAAUAUAUCAAAUGUGGCAGGCAAUGCCUAGAGGAGGAAAACGAAGCAAGGUCAUCGAAGAGGUCCGGUGAGGCUGCGGCGGGCCAUCAGCUCUGCCGGCGGCACAGCCCAUCGUGCCGCAGCCUGCAGCACUCACAUCCCUCGUGCUGCCUCGCUCUGCACGACAGCGAUGGGAACGGACCGGCUGCAGGCUCUGGGAACGACAAACUACCUUGGAAAAGAAAAGUCAAAUGGCCAAACUAAUAAGGGAGAGGCGCUCUCCCUCCUGUCCUCUGGGAUGAAAGAUUAAGGACAGCCAGCAGAUCGCGGGAAGGGGUGGAGCAGCACGCACCUAAGGGGAUCGUUACCUGCAAGGGAGGCAGAGAUAGUGUAUUGCUCUUGACUGAAAUACUCUUGACUGAAGAGACAGAGAGAGUAUUGAUACAAAGUGCUUUGCCACAGAAGAGCUAUCAUUUUCAUUGUCCUAUUGUGCUGCAGGAGUCUGGUGACCUUCACAGUAUUACAUUAAGUAUUCAAAUUCUUCCCUAGUUUCUAGGAAAGGAUGAAACAAUCAGAUCCCUGUGUGAUAUGUGCAGCAUAAAAAUCUAGAUAAAACACUGCUGUCACACUCAAAUAAUUUUAUUCAUCUGAAAUUGGGUUUCCUUGAAUACAGUCUCAUGAAAUACUCCUCUUUGAGACAAAUCUGGUGGGAGAGGAGAUGCUGCAGAGUGGAUUAAGCAAGAGAUAGCGCUCUAAUCCCAGUUUUUCUCUCUCACUUGGCAUCUCUGGGAAGGACAGCAUCCCUGUCCUUCUGAUUUCUCAUUUGUAAAAUGGAGAUGAUAACUGCUCAUCUCUCAGGGCCAUUAUGAAGAUUAAUGUGUUUACAAAAGCAUUUAAAAUGCUAAGUACUUUUGGUUCCAGUCCUGUGAGAUUGGAAAUGCCAGCACUGAGGUGCUGAAAACCUUAAGCUCUUGCCAACUCUUGUGGAAACUCUGGCUGCCCAGCACUUUACAAGAAUGAGGAGAAACGUGUAAUUGCAAAAGUCAGAAAAUUCCAUCUUGCUUUAUUGCAUAAAAUGAGAUGUGCACCAUGGUGGCAUUGUAUGGGAAAGGGCAGACAACACGAAAAAGCCAUCAUGUCAAGAAAAUUAUUGAAGGCUUUGCUGUUGUAAUUUAUCUAAAGACUGAUUCUUGCACCUUUAGCUACUUCAGGAUUUGGGGCAUCAGUAUAGAAUACAGCAUCAGCCCAGAAUUUGCUGUACUUUUGUAAAGCUUUUGAACUCUGUGACAGUCAAUAGACUCUUACCUAAACACACAAAAAGCACUUGUUUCACUAUUACUGACACAGCCAAUUUUAGCCACUUUUCUUGUGAAAUGUGUCAUAAAAGAAGCCAGAACUGAGAUCAAAAUUCAAAACCCGCAGUUUUAGCACUUAUGGGGAAUAUCCAGCACUGAUGCUUUGCCACACACUCCUUCAGCCAGCCUGCAGAAUCAGUCAGAGGAACAGUUAAUUGGACCUGUAUGCAGUAAGGUCCCCGUGUUACUACCACCUCUUCUAGUCCACGCAGAUGGGGAAGUCAGCAGCUUUUGAAUCCUUCAGACUUCCUUUCACCAACUCUGUUUUUCACAGUGAGACAAAUUUAAGAAAUUUGAGAAAGGCACAGAAACAGGGAGAUGAGUGAACAAAAGGAACUGGUGAACCAGGGAUAAGGGUCUCCCUGAAAGCAGUACCUAACUCCUUGGGUAAGGGGAGGGACAUAUGUGCCAAGAUUGAGAAGCAAAACAGGCUGGUGUGGUUUACUGAGAAGCAGAAUAAUUUCUCAUGCAAGCAAGACCGGAUGCCACCCUGCAGCAAAAGAAGUCUGUUUGUGCAAGGCAGCUGUGUGCAGAGAGAUGACACAUGCUGAUGUGACCCAGUAAAAGUCAGCUGAAGAACAUGGUCAUGACUGACCCUGGAAAUGAUGGAUCAGGAGAUGGAUCGAUGAUAUUACCCACUUUUACAGCAACACAUCUUCCUGCUACGAGUCCUUCGACUGUGGAUGACCAUGAGCCAGUACUUGCAAGCACUACUGAAAGCAGCUUUGAUACACAGAGUUCUCCAAGUACUGAACUGAAUGCUGUGAACUAUGAGGACAGCCUAGAAGCAGCAGAACAGUCUAUCUUGAUAUAUGUUGUUCCUGUGGCACUGCUGGUCCUGCUGAUUUUGUUGAUCACAUUUUUUGUAAUGCAUCAUAAAAGGAAAAAAUCCAAGCAAGAUGAGCUGGGAAGUGAAAAUGUAAAAAGUCCUAUUUUUGAAGAAGACACACCCUCUGUUAUGGAGAUAGAAAUGGAAGAGCUUGAUAAAUGGAUGAACAGCAUGAACAAAAAUGGUGACUGUGAAUGUUUACCUACUGUAAGAGAAGAAGAAAAAGAAUCAAUUGCCAACCCAAGUGAUGGUGAAUCAUGAAGUCCUCACGACACCAAAGAACUGGCUAAAGGGAUGCAGCACAUAAGCUCAUCAUCCCCCAGAUAUUGGAAGAACUGGAUUUAAAUAAUAAUAAUUCAUCUCAAAAGGCCAGAGAAGCAAAUGUUUUUGUUGUAUCCUGCUUUAUAUGGUCUUCAGAAAGGAAACAUCACCAAGGGAAAAAAAGAAAAGGAAAAGAAGAAAAAAAGGAAAAAAAGAAAAGCACUGUAGGACUGAUUUAAUUAAGGACUGAUUUAAAUUAUUUUUGCAAUGAGAUUCACCACAAAUCAAGAGAAACCUCUUCUUUACCCCUGCUGAAAGGUCUCAAAGUAGUCCAUAUUUCUGUCUAGUUCCACAGCUGUGCAUUGUGCAGCACUUAAAACCAAUUCUCUUGCAGAUUUGGUGGGUCUCUUUGUUUUGGACUGGUUUUGUGGGUGUUUGUUUCAGUGUCCAUAAUUCUGGACACUGGUUUGGUGGAUGUGAAGCUCAUGUCUAUGCAAUGUUUAUUUCUCAAUUUGCUUUUUCUGAGCAGUGCACUGAUUUGCACAGGACUGCUGUUGGGGAGGUACCAGGCUAGGACUCACAGACCAGCUCAGAGGACAGACAGCAGCUGAAAAGCCUCUCAAAAGAAUAGGCAGAAGUGACUGCAGCCCAGCCAGGGAACAGACUCUGUAGAGUGCUUUUUGGUUUUCAGAUUAAAGGCACUGUAGAAGUGAAAAAUAUUAUUUUGAGACUGCCUUUCAGUUUGUUAUCUCCACAGAUGAGCGCCCUGGGCUAGCUCUCCCUGCAUAACUCUACUCCCUGCCCAGGGCUGUUGUCUAACCACCUACUUCAGAAAUAUUCAAAUUAAAAAACAUUUAUUUUUUUAAAAAAAUGAGUGAGGUUGAAAAAUUGAACAAUUCAGUAUUCACAUAAAAUACAGAUUUAGGUAAGUAUGUGUUAUGCAUAACUACUUGGUCAAGGUUUUCAGACACAGGAGGCUUUCUGCUGCUUCUGUUUUUAAAUGCUGAGCCUGCAAAAUCUGAAAGACAAGGACUUCUGAGUGUGCCUGAUCACUUUUAGUCACAAUGAAAAAAAAUCAGACUCCUGGGAUACCUCAAGGUAGGAAUUUGAAUGUUGUAACUGUGUCCAUUGAUUUUAGAUAACAUGUAUCUUAGGGAUAAAGCUUAAAUAUGUAACACACAUAAAAGUGGAUCCUUGUUUGGGCAAAGUUUCUCUUGCCAUAUUUAAAAUAGCAGAUUCAUAUCCACCAUAUCUUAUAUCCUCCCUAUCCUCAUAUUCUAUUUAAAUAUAUAAUGCCUUCCCACUCAAUACAUGUUUAAUAUGAUCAGAGUUUUUGCCUGCAAAUAAUUCACUAAGAAGUUACCAUGCAUAGCUUGAUUAAAGAUGGAAAACAAAUACCCAAAUACCCCAAGAAUAGGAGUCCUUGCUGUUCUUUUUUUUUUUUUUUUUUUUUCCUUGCUUUUGGAAAUGAACCAACUCCCAAAGGUGACAUUGUACGGUUUAACUCAGUCCUGGCACACCGGUGACCCAUCUCCCUGUCUGAGCCACACAUUGAUAGUAGUGCAAUGCACCAACUCAGUUUGCUGUGGCAUUUGAAAAGAGUCUGUGCUGUGCAUGUUGAUGGUUUGGCGUUAAUGUUGAUUCUAGAUGGUCCUUCUGCCAGAUAAAAGACUGUACAGUUCCAAAUAAGUUUCUCAGAGAUAAAAUUUCACUUAUAUAUUUUAUUUUUCAAGUUUACCUUGAGAGAAUGUAUUUUCUGUAAAGUUAUGACAUUAAGCACUAAUUCUUAUUCCAGUGUUCAUGAUUGACCAAUCUCUAUAUAAAGCUUUAAAAUCAAUUUUGUCCAGAACUAAUGUCUAUGUUCAAGGUUUAUAAUUAUUCAUGUCACUUAGCCUCUCUAAAUCCUGGUAUGCUAGAGAAUUUAUUUGCCUCUUCAGGAACUUUUUUCAUCAUUUAAAAAUACCAAACAAUGCUUCGGGCACUUUCUUGGCUAAUUCUGACAGAAAUUUUCUCUAUCUGCUGAUUUUUAAAAGUGGAAACUUAAUAUAAGCUGUGUUACUAUUGAAAAAUGUACCACUCCAUCAAAUCUCACCUGUCAUUAGGUCCUGAGCUCGUGUGAAACAGACCGAGGGUAAAGCACUUCAGUAUAGCUAUGGAUAUUUCUAAUAGAUUCCCUCAGUACUAGACAAAUACAAUUUUUAGUAUUUCUCUUUUUCCUGAACAUUCAUACAUCACUGUUAUCCUCCUCCUAGCCCUAAACUAUGGAGGGGAUCCCUCAUGUAUCUGAUUCCCCAGCCCAGCUCCGCACUGCUCCGUUCCACCCCACUGGUCUCUCUCUCUGAUCACAACUUUCACGCUGGGGGCUGGAUUUGCCACAGCCGCUGCCCAACACCUGCUCACUUGCUUACAGCCAAGCCUUUCUGUGGAUGCUGGGUUCAGGGGUUCAGCUGCACCAUGGGCUCUGCUUUGGCCCCUCUCCUCCCUCACCCCAUUUUGUAUUUCCCUCUUUUGCUCGCCCGUGUGCCCCUUGCUCUCCUGUUUGUUUUACACUUUUCGUCAGCUCCUACUCAUUUCCUUAUGCACAGUUUUGCCUCAGUACUUUAAUUUUGUGGGUGGAUUGAAGUACAGGGGAUUCAGACCAUAGACCAUUCCAUGCCUACAUUAAUACGGCCAAAGCAUUAUAAUAUUCCAGUUCAUGAGUAUUAACUGUACACCUUCUGUGAAGGCACCUUCAUUUUCCCUAAAAAAUGUUUUUCACACAGUCAGUUCCUCUAACCCACAAAAUAAAAAGGAGAGCCACCAGACAGCAGAUAAGAUAGCAUCAAAUUCUCAAAAUUAUUUUAUCACCGUGCACUACAGAGUAUUUAAGCCUCUGUGGUAACAGCCAUCGAUAGCCUGAUCUGAGCCAACCCAUCUCACCAUCACCUUGCAACAUCUCCCAGUAACUGAUAAGUUAUCAUCCCUCCAUAGAAAAUGAGAAAAAGCACAGAAACAGGAAGUGCCUCCCACUAAGUAUUGUUCUAAAAUGUUUCACAAAUGUGAUGAUCCCUAAGGAACUGCUACCUCUUCUUCCAUUUUCUUCAAUAAUUUCAGCAGUUAUCCAGCACUUCAAGACAAUUUGACAUCUUAUUUACGGCAUGAGGCCUUUAUGUCCUGCAGAAAAACUACAGACACAAAGGAGGAUUUGUCUGAGAAAUACACAGGUAAUAAGAAGGGUAAUUAAAAAACAACACCUCUCCUAGAUAUGCUAAAAAUCAGUAUCUUAACAAAAUAGAAAUAGCUCCUCCAUAGACUUACAAACAAAAGGUUGCUGAUAUUACUAGCAGCUAAUUAAUUCCAUGAGUCCUGCACUUGUGAAGCACAUAACCCUAACAUUAACCUCAGCAAAAAGGAAUCUUCUUUUAGUUUCUAGAUAAUCAUAAGUUAUAGAUUCAUAGAUAGCUCUUGGUCUGAGAUUAAAAAAAUAAUUUUUUUUGUAUUGCUAAACUCAUUGGGGACCCUAAACUGAACUUUUGUCACCUUUCUGAUGUGAAACUGCUGUAUAUUCAACUGUUUUAUCAAAGAGCUGUUUCAAAUUAUUUUGUAAUAUAAAUAUUUGAAAGACACAAUAUUACUUAAUUGUAUGUAAGAGUUUGAGAUUUUAAAUAGCUUGUUAUAAUAAAGAUUUUAGUGUCUA